AUGGAGCAGUCGCCGAUUGCAGCCCGCCGGCACGGCAGCAGAAGCCUGUUCGACCCGAGCCCCUCCAGCUGCGGAGAAGGCGAGGAGCACCAGAGGCUCGCCGCCGCGGACGCGGGUACCGUGCCCUGGCGGAAGUGGGGCCCCUACGUCAGCGAGAGGCAGUGGGGCACCUGCCGCGAGGACUACGGCAGCGACGGGAACUCCUGGGCCUACCUGGGCUUCCAGGAGGCCCACCAGGCGGCCUACAGGUGGGGCGAGGACGGCAUCGCCGGCUUCUGCGACGAGGAGCAGCGGCUGUGCCUCUCGGUGGCCAUGUGGAACGGGAAGGACCCGAUCCUCAAGGAGCGCCUGUUCGGCCUCUCUGGACCACAGGGGAACCACGGAGAGGACGUCAAGGAGAUGUACUACUAUCUGGACGCCACGCCCACGAACAGCUACCUCAAGAUGCUGUACAAGUACCCUCAGAAGGCCUUCCCCUACGACGAGAUACGGCGGAAGUCUGCAACGCUGGGCUGCAACGACCCCGAGUACGAGCUGAUGGACACGGGCAUCUUCGACGACGACAGGUAUUUCGACGUUACGAUCGAGUACGCCCGCGGCGGCAUCGACGACAUCCUGCUGCGGGUCAUUGCGACGAACCGAGGCCCAGACAAUGCAGAGCUGCACGUGGCUCCCCAGGCUUUCUUCAGGAACACGUGGUCAUGGGCCGAAGGCGCUGCGCGCCCCAGCAUGGAGCUGGCGGAGGGCCCCCGGGUUCUCGUCAGGCACGGCACCCUGGGCGAGUACCACCUCUUCGCCGAGGAGGGCGCGGAGGUCAUGUUCUGCGAGAACGAGAGCAACGUGGCCGCGCUGGAGGACGAGGGCGGCGCCCUGCGGCCCUUCGACCUCGCCGCGGCGGGCGACGCGCCCGAGGCGUUUGCGCCGCCGGCGCGCGGGGAGGGCGCCGCGACCCCGGGCGCGGCCGGGGCUUGCGAGGAGGCUGCCGCUGCCGAGGCUGCCGCGCCCGCCGCGCAGGAGAGGAGGAGGCUGUACCAGGCCAGCGGCAUCAUCGGCCCAGGCCCGUACAAGGACGCUUUCCACCAGCGCAUCGUGCUGGGCGACGAGGGCGCCGUCUCCAGGCGGCAGGGCACCAAGGCCGGCUUCUACACGCGGCUCAACGUGCCGGCGGGUGGCUCGAAGACGGUGCGCCUGAGACUCAGCAGGGACAAGCUGAAGGAGAUGCAAUGGUUGACUUCGACUCCACGUUCGCGACUCGCAUAG